CUGCUCUGUAGCCAUUUUAUCAGACCAAUCAAAGUAUACUAAUCACACAUUAGGUAGAGAUCAAAACAGGCGCGGUAAAUGACGCUUAUGGCAACAUGAUAUAAUAGAGUAGACGAUGUGUGUGGGGUAGCCCGGAAUCCAUUUUCGCCUUCGGACAGAUUUACUGUCAACAAUUGUCUAUUUUCAUUGCCACGAUAUGGCAAGUGGUAAUGGUGACAGCAGACUGAAAUUGUAGCCUUCAACAUCUACAAUAGGGUAUGGCGCGCACAUACGAGGACAGACACACAAUUGAGAUGACUUGCCUCAAGUCAACCGGUCUGAGCAGCUGAGCCUCGUCGUUCGUUCAAAUCGUCCAUUUGAAGAUCAUCGUCCUAUCGAACGUAUUACCGCUUGACGCAACCGACUAUGCUGGACUUGAAAUGAUGGGUUUCGCCAAAGCAAUUGGCAAAAAAUACCGCAUCGGCAUCGAUGAAGCCAUCAUCAUUUUGAAAUUCCGGAACAUCAAUUCGGCUGAUGCCAUCCACCGUCAGUUAGUUAUUGGCCAACGGCCACACCAAAGCUAACGAGGAAGACAAUGAAGCAGACGCGGCAGUAAAACUGUGGCGGUAUCAGGGUGAACGCCGGUAAAGUUGAAGACUUCGGCGACUUUGCAGUAGCGGGCUCAGCGCAGUGGCAACAACACAGCCGUGAUUUCCUUACUAACGGCGUACGAAAUUCAGCCGAAAGAAGGCUACUGACGUCGAGCUGAAGACUUGGAAGGUGAAAAAACGGAGGUGACCAUUAGAAGAGACGUUGCUCAUCACGGAGAGAACGGCUAACCGGUUCUUCAGUCUUUAAUACGUCUUCGGUUGUUUCAGCGGUUCUCCAUAGUUUAAUUCGCUCUGCGAGAUGCUGCUGUGGUGGAUAGUUUGCCGGCUUGCUGAUUGUGCCCUGUAGACCUUCAAUACCGGUCGAUCGACUAUCGAAGCUUUUUCUUCCGCUGGUUUGUUGUAUUGAAGAUAAAGAAAAGGUUAGCAUCAAAGCUAGCUGGCUUUUCGUGACCGGUGUUUUAUAUAGUGGAGGCAGACUGUUGGAGUCCGGAGGUGUGGAGGAUAAAGUGCAUUGGGGCUGUGUAGAAGAAAUUCAACCGAAGCGGCUUUCUUACAGCGACAAACGUUUUUUAGUCAGAAUGAUCGUGGAAAUUGAGAGAGAUCCAAAAGGGUAAGAAAGCGGUAAUAAAUAUGGUUCAAAUUUUGUGUGUAGUAUGGAAGGAGCACAGAUGUUUUUGCGAAAGUAAUUUAAUGGUACAACAACUAUAAAAACAGGAGCUUCGGAACCGCUAGGUGACUACGAAUACGUUCUUGGGACGGUGUAAUAAGUAAAGUGCUUGUCCGCUAAUCUUGAGGGACACGUGGUGGUCUGGGUUCGAAUCCGAGCGUAGACACACAAUUAGUUUCGUGCUGUGAACCAGGCGUCUGAUGAAAUGCCUGUCGGCGGUACCGGAUGUGAAACUCAAAACAUUUAGCUUAGGGCGAGAAAAUGGAGAAGUAGCAACACUGGUUGAAGCGCUAUUACAUGAACGAGCUUCGGCAGAAAUCUACGACGACUUCAGCGGAACAGCUUUAGAAGGAAUCGUAAAUAAAAUCGUCAUCGACAAAAGCGAUAAGAAAAUUGUUCCCUCUUACCACUACUACACUCUCAACACGGAUGGCUUCGGAGCUGAAUUUAUCGAGUCCGACUCUACGUGCCUUAAUGCCGCCUACGUAUUUACACUGCCCUGUAAAGAAUUUGAUGGCAUCUGGGAAAACCUGCACUUUGAUUCAGAAAUUAAGAACAAUUUGCUGGACUACUUGAUGAAGGCGCUCCUAUUCGCGGAACGGGGCGUUGACCACAAUGUGAUCUCCUUCAAUAAACUUGUUCUCCUACAUGGUCCGCCCGGUACUGGCAAGACUUCGUUGUGCAAAGGUGUCGCACAGAAACUGGCCAUCCGAUGGACGCCUCGGUUUCGUACUGGUCAUUUUAUAGAAAUUAACGCCCAUUCACUUUUUAGCAAAUUUUUUUCGGAGAGCGGUAAGCUUGUGCUAAAGAUGUUCGAGAAGAUCGAGGAAAUCGCUAGCGAUGAGGCGGCGCUCGUCUUUAUUCUCAUAGAUGAAGUUGAAAGCCUCGCCCACUCCCGAGCAGCAGCUGCAGCAGGCAGCGAACCUUCCGACGCAAUUCGAGUGGUCAACGCCGUCCUUACUCAGUUGGAUCGACUCAAAAUGCUGCCAAAUGCUUUAAUCUUGACGACGUCGAAUGUAGAAACUUCGAUCGAUGGCGCGUUUGUUGAUCGGGCAGAUCUCUGUGUGUAUAUCGGGCAUCCUUCACCACCAGCCAUUUCAAAGAUUCUUGCAUCUUGCGCUAAGGAGCUAAUUAAGCGGAAUCUUUUAGAAGACAAGGCGUUUGCCGAGAGUUCGGAGUUCGCGAACAUUUGGACGGAGAUUUGCCGAUUAUCCGUCGGAGUUAGUGGACGUUCCUUGAGGAAGCUGCCUUUGCUGGCAUUUUGCGAGGGUCAUAACCCGAUGCCGAUGGCUUUGUUCCUUGACGCCCUCUUCAAGUUGGUCAAAUCAAAAACAGCAGAAAAGAAAUUGUCCCAAACUCAUCACAUGUUCCAGUCUAUUAGUCUCGUGUAAUGCAGCCAACACUACUAGUAGAAUGUUAGUAUAUUUAUCGCUGAUUUCCACUCUAACAUACAUAUGUACGAAUUAGCCAUAUCAUAAGGAAGAACGAGGUCGAAGAAAGCUGAAAUGAUAUUCUACUUAGUUCGCGUGUAGAUUUACGAUGCCCGUUUGGAGAGGUUUAUCAGAAUGUGUGCGCUCUUUAUAUUGCGUGUCUUAAAAGGAGAGAA